AUGCUCUCUGGAGCUUACACCCUCAGAGUGGGUCAGCGCAGCCUUUGGCCGCCUACGAAGUGGCAGCAGCAGCAGCAGCAGCACCUGCAGCAGCAGCAGCGCCUGCAGCAACUGCAGCAUCUACUGCAGCAGCAGACUCGCCGACAGCCGCAGCACGUCUCUAGCUUCAUCUUUCGCCUGCCCCACCAUUGGACUGCCUUCAGCAGCAGCAGCAACAACAGCAGCAGCAGCAGCAGCAUCGGCAGCUUCGCAAGGCAGCCAGGGAUUUGCUGCGCCGGAUCAACAGCAGCAGCAGCAGCAGCAGCAGCGACACCAGCACGCAACAGAGCUCGUGGCCCAAUGAAGCGGGAGGAGGUCUCCGUAUCUCCUGCUGCUGCAGACGAGCAGCAGCAGCAGCAGAAGCAGCAGCAGCAGCAGCAGCAGGAGCUGUCGCCGCGGGAGCAGCAGCUAAAGGCCGAAAGAGAAGCCCGCAAGAAAGCCAAGGAAGCAGAAAAGGCAGCAAAGGAAGCAGCAAAACUUGAAAAGAAAAAGGCACAAGAGGAGGCCCAGGCGCUGCUGAUGCGGGUUUCCGCGGACUAUGAGGCCGACAGCUUCGGCUACUACCCCCUGAUUGACUCGCGCAGCAGCAGCAGCAGCAGCAGCAGCAGCGGCAGCAAAUUGAAAAAGAGGGAGUGGACUUCUAUUAAGGAUGUCGACAGCAAAGAGGGGCAGUACAUCUGGGUCAGAGGCAGGCUGCAGGACUGCAGGUCCAAAGGUUCUGUGGUGUUUCUGACGCUGCGGGAGGGGCUGUGGACGGUGCAGUGCGUGCUGGGCGCGGAGCAGCCGAAGGCCUUGCUGCGGUUUGCUGCAGCAGCA